CAUGGAGAUAGACCUGUCAAUCACAAUUUACCCAGAACCAUGGCAACAAGCAGAUUUUAUUAUAUUUGUCUCAAAUCCAGAUUUGUUACAGUUUUCCUCCACAAUCCUCAAGCAACACACUACUAGCAGAGGAGUCACACAAAUUUCACUGAGCACACAUAUUUCUCUGAGAGUGGACACUAUCUCAGAAAGCACAAUUGAUGGUAUAGAUGGUAUGAGCAUAGUUAGGAUGCAUUCACUUGACAGCAGCUUCAGAUGUUUAGAAGACCAACACAUCGAGUCACUUGUAAUAGGCGGUUGUCCCCCAGGGAAACAUAUUCGGGUCAGGAAACGAAAUGCACCAUGCAGUGAAUGGAAAGACAUGUCUUACACAAUCAGGAAGGAUCUAUAUGAUCCAACAUUCCUUCUAGGUCGGACGAAUGUUGGUGCUCAAGAUAAGAUGUUAACAUACGACCUUGAUGAGCUAGGCUGUCCAUUUCUUGUCCACUAUGCAGACCCUUUCAAGCCAAUAAUUGACCUUUUUGAUGAGGAAGAGUUUGUUGAGGAAGUUUUGGUAAACUAUGUAGUAUACGAUAUCAAUGGACGGUUCACCUACACCUAUACCAUGACAACAGCUGAGGCUCUUUGUGCUUCUCAAGCCCAGAAUUGGAUCACCAUGCUACAGACUCAGGAACCUGCCAACCCCUACACAGCCUGGACAAAUAAGAAUUUUGUCAACUGUUAUAAAAACUCAGAAAGUCGGUUAUUGGAGCCUGAAAAUGCAUAUGAGAUCAUGAACAGUAGCAGCAGCAACAAAAUUAAGUGGCAGCCUUACAGUGGAUUGUAUGUCUUUAAUGUGACUGUGGUGGAUCCGAACUACAGUUUCUGUUCUCUGAACACUCAGUUUGCUGUUGAGGUGUAUGGUGCCCUGCCUGAGGCUCCAUUUCCCCAAAUGCGAAUCAUGUUAGGCUUGUGUGGAUUUGGGGUUCUCUUUGUGUGGUUGAUGUACACCACAUACAAUGUGCUGAUAAAGUCAGAAGUGCAGAAUAACAAAGAUUAGCCCAGUGGCAGCCCUGUAAAAUAGACACUGUUAGAGGGCGCUAUGAAAGCCUGUUCCUUUUGUAUUCAUAAUAUUUAUUCCAAUUAUGUGAAGAUUUUUUGCGAUAUUUUAUCCUGUAUUAUUAUUGAUUUUUUUAAAUGUAAUAAAUUGAUGUUAGAAGGUUAUUAUUUCUGAGGAUUUUUUUUUAUAUCUGGCUAAACUUAUACUUUUUUAUUUUCAAAGAAUGACACCGGAAAAUGUACUCAUUAUAUUAAUUUUAUUUCAUCAAGUCAAGUUACAAACAAUUACAAAAAUACAAUACAGUGCACAAACAUACAGGAUAAACAAAAAGCAAAAUUAAUUAAUUGUUGUGUUGUGUGUUUUUCUGCCGAUAUUGAUUAUAAAUUCUAUUGAAAGUGCCCUAUCAUUUAAGAUAUUAAGUACAGUAAUACUGUUAUGUGAAACAGACACAUUUGAUAAUUUCAUCAAUGCCAAUAAUGUAGCUGUAACAAGUACUUUGCAAAAAAAAAAAAAAGUAGAAAAACGAAUUAGAAUGGCGUUAGGACGAGCAAAACAGAAAAAAAAAGAUGUGAAACAUUAUGUUAGUACAUAGGGCAAGUGAAAAUAGAGUAAACUAGAGGGCAUUCUGAGAGUGCAUACACCUCCACCCACAUCAUAAUUCUCAGUAUAAAUUUUCUCCCGCAUAUUGUCCCGAUUAAAAAAUAAAAUGGAUAAAAAAAAUACACAAGAAUAUUCUUUGGGAUUUGAACCCAGGGCUGGUAGUGUGGAAAACACUCUUCUAACCACUACACCAAACACUUUUCUCAUAUAUCACUUUGAAAUUAAUGGCCAUAUCUCUGUUUACACUUUACCGGCAAGCUCACACACACGU